AAGGGGUUCUUGUCACUGGUCUGUUUGUACUGCUGAGCUGUUUGCUCUGUGGGACGGAUGCUGGCGGCCAUGCUGCCUGUGCAGGCUGUUCAUGGAUCCGGGCGCCUCGGCUGGAUGUCCUGUUGCAGAGGGGAAAUGAAGAUGUCCAGGACAUGGGCUUGCGGGGUGCCGGCCGGGCUCUUCCUCCUCUGGGCCGCCCUGGGAUGUUUCUGUGUGCCUGGCUGCAGAGGUGAAAGGCCACCCUCUCUUGAGUCAAAUGCAGUCAAUGGGAGCCUCUCCAAGAGUAGGCAGACACGGAGUGUGGAUGUCACCCUGAUGCCUAUUGAUUGUGAACUGUCCAGCUGGUCCUCCUGGACCAGGUGUGAUCCCUGUCAGAAGAAAAGGUACCGACAUGCCACCUUGCUGCGACCCUCUCAGUUCCAUGGGGACCCAUGCAGAUUCUCUGACAAGGAAGCCGAAGACUGUGUUACCAGUGCACCAUGCCGAAGUCAAGUGCGAUGUGAAGGCAUUGUGUGUGCACAGACAGGGAGGUGUAUAAACCGCAGACUUCUUUGCAAUGGGGACAACGACUGUGGGGACCAGUCAGAUGAGGCAAACUGUAAAAAGAUUUAUAAAAAGUGUUUGCAAGAACUGGACCAGUACUGGGCAAUUGACAAUCUGGCUAGUGGGGUUAAUUUGUUCACAAACAGUUUGGAGGGCCCAGUUCUUGAUCACAGGUAUUACGCCGGUGCGUGCUCCCCUCAUUACAUUCUGAACACGAGGUUUAGGAAGCCGCACAACGUGGAGAGCUACACCCCACAGACCCAAGGCAAAUAUGACUUUACACUGACAGAAUAUGAAUCAUACUCAGAUUAUGAACGUAAUACUUCAAGUUUGGAAACCAGCAAAUCUAGUUUCAGGGUUGGUUUUGGAAUAACUGGAAUAUUUGAAUUUUAUGCUAACUCAGCAAGUGAUAUUCGCAAACAUUUUAUUCAAAGAACCAAACAAUUUGCUUAUACUGGAAGCAAAUUUCUGCACGCACGCUCUGACCUUGAAGUGGCACAUUACAAGCUAAAAUCCCGAAGCCUCAUGCUGCAUCAUGAAUUCCUUCAGCGAGUCAAGCAACUGCCCCUGGAGUAUGGCUAUGGGGAGUACAGAGAUCUUUUCCGUGAUUUUGGGACCCACUACAUCACAGAGGCCGUGCUUGGGGGCAUUUAUGAAUACACACUUGUUCUGAACAAAAAGGCCAUGAAGAAAGCAGGUUAUUCUCUUGCAGAUGUUCAUGCCUGCGCCCAAGCAGGUUUUAAAAUUGGUGCUGCCAUGAAGGUGGUCUACCUCAGUCUUGGUGUGUCACUGGCCACAUGCACGGAUAUUCUGAGGGAAAUAAACGACAGAAACGAGAAUAACAGCAUGGUAGAGGAUUUGGUGGUCCGAGUGCGAGGAGGAGCAAGUGAGUACAUCACCGCCCUGGCGUACAGGGACCUGCCAACAGCAGACCUGAUGCAGGAGUGGGGAGACGCAGUGCAGUACAACCCAGACAUCAUCAAAAUCAAGGCAGAGCCUCUGUAUGAACUGGUGACCUCCACAGACUUUGCCUACUCCAGCACAGUGAAGCAGAACAUGAAGCGGGCCUUGGAGGAGUUCCAGAGAGAAGUCAGCUCCUGCAUCUGUGCUCCCUGCCACGGGAAUGGAGUCCCUGUCCUAAAAGAAUCACGCUGUGAAUGCAUCUGUCCUAAUGGAUUUCAAGGCCAAGGCUGUGAGAUCACCUUACGGAAAAAUGUAACCAUUGAUGGGCAAUGGAAUUGCUGGUCAAAUUGGUCUCCAUGCUCUGGAGGACAGAAAACAAGACAGAGGCAGUGCAACAAUCCACCUCCUCAAAAUGGGGGCAGCCCCUGCCCGGGCCCCGCUUCAGAAACACUCACCUGUUAAAGAAGGGAGAGCAUCUAGCGCUGACAGUGACAUGGGCUGCACACAGUGAGGGUUUGCACCCUAGGGUCUCAGGCAGCUCACCCCACACUAGCUCCCCACUGAGGCCAGCCCAGGACUGAAGGGCCAUGCCAGUCAGGAUGUUUAAAAUAAAGAUUUGUAAAAUGAACAUUGAUUGGAACACAUAGUGAGCUAAGCAAUAAUUUUAGGUUCCUUAAAGGCUUAAUCAUUUUAUUAAUUCUCACUGGGCUCAUUUUCUUUUACUCAUAUGUACCACCCAGCCAGGAACUGUGCUGAGAGUUAGUCACUUUGAAGUCCUACUGUCUAGCAGUGACUGGCGCAGAGUAGGUAUCCAGUAAUGAAUCAAUGAAUAAAUAUUCUGUUGCUCCUCCAUUGAGGAGUACACUGUCUCAGUCAAUCACAAUGGCAGUUAAUAUUUACUGAAUGAUUACUUUGGACCAACCACAGUGCUUAAUUCAUCAGUAGGUUAAUUCAUUCCAUCCUAAUGACAACCUUAUACAGUGGGUGCGAUAUAUCAGCUCUAUCAAACAGGUGGGGGACUGAGGCUUAGAACAGUUAAGUGACUUGUCCAGGGAUACACAGUCAAGAAGUGGCAGAGCUGGGCUGCAAACCCGCGGACUUGGGUUCAGGGUUUUAAACUCGUAAUUAUGAUGUUUCCUUUCUUUCAAUAAAUUUGGGCAUUUGAUUAACAAAGAAUAUUUUAUGAAAUAAAACCUAGGAGAAAGUGC